AUGAAUCCACACUUGUUUUUGUUGGCGACGACCAAUCGAUGUAUUGAGUGGCUGCGCUUAUUGCACUGUCGCCGCACAUACUGUUUACUGUCUGUGAUCAACUACACAAACGGACUCAUCAUAGCCUCAUGGCUAUUUGGUGCCUACAGCCUUACCUUGGACUUACUGUACUGUGCCUCGUCAUGCAUGUUUGGAAUCGCCAUUACUGGGCUUUAUUUCAAUUGCACAAUAUUGGUGGUACCCGACGUCAUGUAUAAGAUCCUUAUUUCGAUAUGUGCUCUGUUCUACAGUAUCCAUGAAGCAGACACAGCCGUUGAGAACGCCUUGUAUCGUCUGGCACUUGUCCUUGUUGCCGUCGUUCUACAGUUCACCGAGAACUACGUGCUCUUUCAAUCGUUAUCGGCGAUACAUCUACAAUCACAGCAGCUUGUUCAACGGCGGCCACCACCCAGUUAUGAUCAGUUGUAUAUCGUGGAACUUUGCCAUCAUUCAGGAUCGUGUACAACUGCAAAGAUAAUGAUGUCCGAGCAUGUGGACGAGGAAGCACGCCCAGAAACGCCUCCUCCGUGUUACGAACUGGCAGUAGAGGCACUGAAGUCGUCCCGGAGUCAGAUUCGGUGA